CAGCCAGGCUGAGGGCAGCCCCUGCACGGGCUUGGGGUUGGAUCGGAAAAGCUGCCUCACGGUGCGUCUGCCAGCCCCUCCCUGCCCCAGCCUCCCUUCCAGUCUCCGCUGCGCCCUCCCUGAGGCAGCGCACGUCGCCGCCUCGCCAUGUCCCAGCCGGCCCAGAAGCCCCCUGCCUCCCCGCGGCCCAGGCGCGCUGCAGCCGCCCGCCACACCCAGGAGCAUGCCCAUGAAAAAAACAGUGGCUCUCCUUCCAGGUCCGGAGAAAAGAAAGAAGAUGAGAAAAAAGCAACAAGCCAUGGGAGCAGUCAACCCUCCAGAACCCGUGCUGGUGGAACAGCCCCGGCUGGCAAGGUGUCCACUUCCUCUGCAUCAACCAGCAAGCCUUCCAGUAUGAAUCCCACGGAAACCAAGGCCAUUCCAAUCAGCAAAGAGGUAAAAGGACUGCAUCCUCCUAACAGGAAAAGACACAAAAAACAGGCUGUAAAAACAGAACCCGAGAAGUUAAAAUCAACGAAGCCACCUGUGGUUCAUGAGAAACAAGUCCAAGAAGUAAAGCCAAAGGAACACACAGAGCCAAAAAGCCUACCGAAACAUGCCUCAGAUACAGGAAGCAAGCAUGCUCACAAAGAAAAAGGAGUUUCCAGAUCAAGUGAGCAGCCGACUUCAGAGAAGUCAACAAAGCCAACGCAGAAAAAAGACAGUAAGUCAUUAAUGUCAGCUGUACCAGUUGAGUCCAAACCGGAUAAACCAUCUGGAGAGUCAGACAUGGAUGCCGCUUUGGAUGACUUAAUAGACACUUUAGGAGAACCUGAAGAAACUGAACAAGAUAAUACACCAUAUACUGGACCUGAAGUUUCGGAUCCCAUGAGCUCUACCUACAUAGAGGAAUUGGGUAAAAGAGAGGUCACAAUUCCUCCAAAAUACAGGGAACUUUUGAAUAAAAAAGAAGGGAUCACGGGGCCUCCUCCGGACUCUUCGAGACCCACGGGGCCUGAUGAAGCCAUCGAUGCCUUGUCAUCUGACUUCACCUGCAGUUCUCCUCCCCCCGAGGGAAAGAAAACUGAGAAGGAGAAAUCUUCCGGAGAAGUGUUAAAAGCUCAGUCAGCCAGGGUGAUCAAAAGUGCUGUUCCACCCCAUGAGAAAAAAAGAAAGGUGGAGGAGGACACAAUGAGCGACCAAGCACUGGAGGCUCUUUCAGAUUCGCUGGGCCGCAGGGAGUCCGAACCCGAGCUCGACCCCAGCUCCAUUAAGGAAGUCGAUGAGGCAAAAGCCAAAGAAGAGAAACUAAAGAAGUGUGGUGAAGAAGACGAAACAAUCCCAUCAGAGUACAGAUUAAAACCAGCCACGGAUAAAGAUGGAAAGCCACUAUUGCCAGAGCCUGAAGAAAAAUCAAAGCCCCUGAGUGAAUCCGAACUCAUUGAUGAGCUUUCAGAAGAUUUUGACCGGGCCAAGUGUAAAGAAAAACAAUCUAAGCCAACUGAAAAAACAGAAGACUCUCAGGCGGCCACCCCGGCUCCCGUGGGAGAGGCGGUGUCUCGGGCCUCCAUGUGCAGUAUACAGUCGGCACCACCCAAGCCAGCUCCCUCGGCCAUGGUGCCGGAUGAUGCUGUGGAAGCCUUGGCUGGCAGCCUGGGGAAACGGGAAGCAGAUCCGGAAGAGGGCAAGCCUGUGGAAGACAAGGUCAAGGAGAAAGCCAAAGAAGAGGAUCGUGAAAAGCUUGGUGAAAAAGAAGAAACAAUUCCUCCUGACUAUAGAUUAGAAGAGGUCAAGGACAAAGAUGGAAAACCACUCCUGCCAAAAGAGUCCAAGGAAUCGCUUCUACCUUUGAGUGAAGACUUCCUUCUUGAUGCCUUGUCUAAGGACUUCACUAGACCCCCAAACACUGCAUCGCUUCCAUUUGAACAUGCUAAACUUUCAGCUGCCGUCUCCGAACUGGUUUCCCAAACCCCAGCUCCAGCCACCCAAUCUGCGGGACCACCCCCUGAUGAUUCGAGUGACAACAAAGAACUCGACGAUGCCCUUGAUCAACUUUCUGACCGUCUAGGGCACAGGCAGCCUGAUCCAGAUGAGGACAAACCAAUAAAGGAUAAAGUCAAGGAAAAAGCUAAAGCUGAACAUAGAGACAAGCUGGGAGAAAGAGAUGAGACUAUCCCACCCGAAUACAGACAUCUCUUGGAUAAUGAUAAGACCAAACCAGUGGCGUCCCCUACAGAGAAACCCAAGGAAUCAAAGAAACCCACAGAUGAUCAAGACCCCAUUGAUGCCCUCUCAGGGGAUUUGGACUGCUAUCCUCCAACUACAGAAACCUCAGAGGACCCAGCAAAGGACAAAGACAAGACUGCUUCCAUCUCCAAAGCACCCAAGAAUAAGGGGAAAGCAAAGAAUUCUGCAAAGGCAAAGGAGGAAACCUCCAAGCCAAAAGCUGAUGGAAAAAAUACAAGUUAGAGUUCACAGUACUUGGUAUCUACAUAUAAAAUCUUCAGCUGGUGAAUGAUGACUUCUGAAGAACAAAAGGAUUUGACAACAAAUUUUUUUCUGGGUGGCUUCUAGACAGUGGUAUUUGUUGAAUUUUUUUUUUUUUUGACAUCCUAAAUAUCGGUUAUUCUUUUCCCAGAAAGAAACUGAAUGUCUGGUUCACAUGUGCUAUUGUAUGGAGUAUUGAUAAACUUUGAAUUUUUAAAAAUUGCCUUCAGUUGGGAGAGAAAGGAACUUUAUAUUUCUAAGAGAUGUAUUUGAUAGUUUCUUAAAGCAACACACAGCCCCAGAAAGGAAAACCCUUUGCAAACUUUUGCACAUUCUACACACAGUGCCUAUAAAUCUCAGUAGUUUUGGUUUGCACUUAAUUUUUUGUUGCUGUUGUUAGCAUUUAGAAAACAAUGAUUUAAACAUCCUUCAAUGUUCUGUUUUCUCAUUACCUCUUUUCUCUUGGGCUUUUGAACUGUAUUUGAUGUUUCUUUGGGUUAAUGUUUGUAAGUCUGAUAUAAAAACUUGUACAUGGACACAUAUCUCCUCUUGGGCUGCUAAUAAUAAAUUAAUAGGUAACCUGGGCAGACCAGGAAGCACUGCACGCCUUUACAGGUUAAACUCUUCUUUGCCAAAGGUUAGGAUUUCUGCACCUUAUAGCCAGCACAAAACAUAAUGAGACUUGAAUCAAGUCAGAAGAGCAAGAUACAGACUGUAUGUCACUGCAUAGCAAGUUCCAGGAAUAAUAAAAUCUACUUAGAAUAUUCAUAUGGCUUGAACUCAGUUGGUUUACCAUUAAGCUGUGCUUUCCACUCACUAUAUAUAAAACCUUAGCAGCAAUUGUUUGCUUAGAGCCAUUGCAACUCUAGUCUUUGCACUGUAUAGCAUUUGGCUUUAUGGAAGUUAAGUUUACCAAAUACAAAGCUGAACUUGUGCUUUAAAAAAAAAAAAUCUGGAAUUUAAAGAUUUGCUCCCCCCACCAAAGCAACUUGAGAACUAGGUUCUGAUGUCCUACAACUUUGAAUGGUUUCUUAGAUCUUCCUGAAUGAACUGUUUAUGAACAUAGCACUGAUGUCGUUGAUGAGAUUUGGAUAAAUAGUGAAUGCAGGAAAAGGUACCAGGUACAUAUCAUAGACUGAUUUGGAAUUUCUUGUUUCAGAGAGCACAGCCCUCUUUAGCAUCUGUUUAGAGGUUUUAUUUAUUAGGACUUAGCUGACUUCACUAAAUAUCACAAAUACUGUCUAAUGUGGAGGGAGGGACAAGCAAAAAUAAGUCCACUUAUAAUGGGCAUCAAAUCAUGCACAUAUACCUAUGGGAUUUCAAACUGCAAUGCUAUGCAAAACCACUUUAAAUGCUAUGUCUAUCCCACCAGAGAUGCAGGCAUUUUUCUUUUAUUCUAGGUCUGGUGAAUCUAAGCCCGUGUUAUGAUGACUAAACAGACCUUUUCAAGCACUGACAAGAAAAACACACAUUUCCUGAGGGAUUUUAAUUGUCUCUAAUUCUUCCAUUUGGGUAGUAUAAAGUGGGGAUUUUUUUGUUAAAAAAGAUAAAACCUUGGACAUUAACAGAUUUGUUUGCAAGGAUUUGGCUGUGGUAUUACUAACUUCUAUGCAUAUAUUUUUUAAAUGACAUACCAAAACCCAGAGACUUAAGAACUAUCUAUGAAAGUAAACAUGUAUCUAAGGUACUCUGAGUAUGCUUUUUUGUGCAUGAGAAAUGUCUUCAAGACAUGGGUGUGUGCUAAUAAUUUACAAUGGCUAGAGUGAGCUAUAGGGUCUAAAUCAGUCUUUCUUUACCCAUCUGAUAAGAAGGAAAUAAUUGCAAAUACCCCCUUAGAGGUAAAUAACAGACAAUUUUUUAUUACCAAAAAGUUUUGCACAUAGCUGAAGCAGUAUCGUGUCUAUUUAGGAAAUGGACUUCUCCAGAAGCAAAUGAAAGUAGGUUCCUCAGGUGACCAAAACUGAAAAUCACUAUUUCUAUGUUUCAUUAAUCAAGAUAUAAAAUACAAUUAAAGAAAAUUAUUUUACAUUAAAA